AUGUGGUACUUGCUGUACCGCGAAAUGGCCGCAUUGUGUCUCAUCGUCUCCUUCCUGAUCGUGCUGGAAGACUGGCCGAAGCCCACGUGGACGAACCUGGCCUUCUGGACGGACGCGGCCGUCUGCCUGGACGCGUGGAUUCAGUUUCUCUUGGCCUGGUGGGGCAAGAGGCGCGGUCUUCUCGUCGCAGGUAUGCGGUCCAUCACCGCGGAGUCCAUGGGAGUCCAUCACCGCGGAGUCCAUGGGAGUCCAUCCCCGGGAGUCCAUGGGAGUCCAUCUCCGAGGGAGGGCGCCUCCCUCGGGGAUGGACUCCGCGGUGAUGGACGCCCGGUUGAUUGUGCAGGGGCGGGGGAGGCGGGGGCGCUGACGCAUCUCUGUGCCGUUUCGUGGUGGAUGACGAACGUGGCUCGAUGCGGUCAUCUCCUCGCUGUGCUUCUCUACGUCUUUCGGGGAACUCAUAACUACAUCUGUGAUAAAUUAACCUGGGAGAUGAGACCGGCGAGCGACAUCAUCCUCUACGGAGUGCACGGCCUCUACUGCAUCCUCGACACGCUGGUGGCGGCCCGACCGAUGAGAUUCCUCCACGUCACGGCCACCAUCCGCUUCCUCGCCUCCUAUUGGCUGCUCUGCUCCUUCAGGGCCUGGCACCUUCGCGAAGAGCUGCGUCUCAUGGCCUGGGACCCGGAAAAGAAGAAUCCCAUGAUGCUGGUCGUUCCGGUGACGGGCGCCGGCGCAGUGCAGCUGUUUCUCGUCUUCCUCUCUCAACUUCGACUCCUCGCGUGCAAGCCAGCCCCGUCCAAGGAAGAAGACGGCAACUCCGCGCGUCUCAUGGAAACGGCGGCGUGACCACCGAGAGGAUGGACGCGACGCAGACGGAGUCAUUCCUUCCGACGACUCGAAGAAGUGAGGCCACGAUCGCGACGGAACGAUUGCAUGACCGUUUUAAAUCGCGAGUGGACGCUCGGUCGCCUUAAACAACGUCAAGUCAUGUUCAAUGACAAACAAUCCAUGGCCGAUUUCGUCAGGUCUCCCUAUAUACGAAAGACGUUGCGUAAGACCUAUUCGUCUCACCUCAUCUCAUCUCAUCUC